AUGGCGCAAAGUGGCUUCGACUUUAACAAUGAUUCAGAUUGUCUUAGCUACCUGGAAGCUGACCACAGUCGUCAAGUGGACUUCUCCAAGAGUCUUAAAAAGAGCAUCAAUAUUAAGCGACUAAGCCUCAAGAGGAGGCCUCGAGCGGCCGUCGACAAUGCGGAAAAAACGCAAAGCUGCAUUUCGUCCAGUCAGUGGCAUUCUGUGGAGUCCCUGUCUUCCUCGAGCAGUGAUGACACGAGACUCUUGGGUCGACCUCCUCUCCCUCCCCCGCAUGGCUCCACCGCAGAUAAACAUCUUUCCAAGAAUGAAGGACCAGAUCGCCGUGAUCAACUCAAGUCAUUACCUGCUACGAGAUCACCUACUUUGCAAAAACAAAAUCUCUCAUUGGAGCAGACCAUCGCUGAGCAACAACUAAACUUGGAACAGGAAGCGAUGAUCCAUCUCGGUGCCCGCCGCAGACUAGCCAGCUUCGGAGGAGUGAGCUCCCCUGGUUCUCCUUCUCGCUACACUGGUUUCUGUGCGUACGACAACAAGAAUGGUGGCAAGGCAGCUGGCGUCGGCAAUGACAUGCAUGGGCUUCUUGGUUCCUCACUAGGAAGCAGUGGUAGUACAAGCUGCCUACAGUCAAGCCCUCAGGGUUCUGGAAGAAGCACCCCAGUUUUGGGUUUCGGCCCAACGCAGUUGCUGAAUGUCCGUGAACAAAUGCUGGUGGCCCUACAGAAGCUGAGGGAGCUGGAGGAGCAAGUGAAGAUCAUUCCUCUACUCAAGGUGAAAAUCUCAGUUCUUCAGGAAGAAAAGAAGCAACUGGCCUCUCAGAUCCAGAAUAAUAAUGACUCAGCGGGAAGCACCGAGGAAGAACAUCAGGCCAAAGACAAGGACUGCUAUGACUUCAACAACAAAGAUGAGGAGAUGCUGGCACUUGAGAGAGCCAUCGAGACUGGCCAUUAUCCAACCUGGCAAAGAAGAAGCCAUCGGAAUAACAAGACAGUUGGUGGAGAAGCCAUAAAAGAACAAAGACGUAGCACAGAAUUAGAACAAGAUAUACAGGCCCAACAACAAGUUAUUGUAUCCUUAAAGCAGAAAACCAUUCACCUGGAGGCAGAGUUGAAAGAAUCCUCUCUCCAGGCUGAGAUGAGCAGACUGAAACUGGAGCUUCAAGCUGCAGAAGCGAGAAACCGAGUGGACAAAGCGUGUUCAGCCCGGCCAGCUACUGCGAGCUGCAGCACCGAGGCCAGGCCCACCACCACAAGCCAAGGGGUGGGCAACCACACCGAGCUGAAAGAUGCAAGCACGGGUAAUAACAUAGAGGUGAAGAACGUGGCCGUAUCAUGUUUCUCCCCUGAGUCAAAAAGUGUCUGUAUCGGCCCAGAUCUAGCCAUGAGCCGCUGGGAGGUCAGAGAGCGACUGGAAACCAGGGAGAAGGCAGUGGGGACUGUGGAGAGGAAGGACUUUCGGUCAGUUGCAUGUGGCGAUUGUUCUGUGAAUGUAAUCAUCCGCCAAGCAAAGGACAUGGUUUCUUGUGGCACAAUGACAGAGUCGGUAAAAGGAGUCACUCUCAUGGCGCCAUCUCAGAUUAGCUCCCAGCGUACCAACACCACUUUCAGCCCAGUUUCUCGUUUAACAAAUACAAGACAUGCCGCCAGCACAGACUCCAGUGCAAAUACCGUCCUCAGAAGCCAGCAGAAGCACACCAACACCACCAAAGCCGCUGUGGCAAGGACAGCAUCAGUCGGGAACAGGCUGAAAGACGUCAAAUGCAUUCCUAAGACACGCACAGUUGCUGUCGAAACCAUCCCUCUGGAAGGAAUUUCACCUAAACCAAAUACCCGAGACAUUGGUGUCGGAUUCACAAGUAUUCAUGAGAACUACCUGGUUGGCCUUAAAACUCAAAACAUGGCCUCUGGACCAUCCCAUCUUCCUGAUCCAGAAAAGACCAGGAGCAUUGGUGUUGGGGAAGGAAAGAUACGAGAUCUGUUGGUUUCGAACGGGCAACAGAGUGCAUCGUCUCAUUGCAGUCCUGCGGUGGACAGUCAUAUAGAGAAGAUACCGGGAGUCAUUAAGCGACGCAGUGGCUCUCAAAUGGAGGGCUUCACUGAGCAGAAAACUGACCCAUCCCUGUCUAUCGGUAUCAAAGCUGGGACUCAAGGAGGUCCAUCGGUCCCAGCCAGCAGAGAACUUCAAGUGCCGGCUGAUUCCAGCAACUCCUGUCAGCAGGGUGGACACGACUCAGAGGUGAAACGAAUGAUACAGCUGUUGGAACAACAGACAUCAUCUGCAGUAAGAGAUGGCUCAAAUCAUUUAGGUGUCCCACGCAAGGCGAUCAAGAAGGACAAUAGCGAGCAAGGCUGCAGCAACACCAGGAAAAACAUGAGAUUCAUGAAGGCUGCCAGCGGGUGCAGGUUCAGCGAAAAGAUGAUGUCGGCUUGCCAGGCCUUGAAGACGCACCUGAGUGAAGGCAAGCGCCUACCAAGCAGAGAACUGCGCGACUGCUUGCAGACUGUGCAGCAGGAGUGGUUCUCUGUGUCCAGCCCAAAGUCGGCCUCUGUCGAGUCUGUGGAGGACUACUUGUCAGGCUUCCGUGUCAUCUCGCCCUCGCUGCUGCGGCACGUUGCCAACAUGGCCGACAGCAACGGCAACACAGCGCUGCACUACAGCGUGUCGCACUCGAAUUUUGGCGUGGUCCAGAAGUUGCUGGACGCCGACGUGUGCGAUGCCAACAAGCAAAACAAAGCGGGGUACACUCCCAUCAUGCUGGCCGCACUCGCCGCCGUGGACCGCCCGGAGGACAUGAAAGUAGUGGAGCAGCUUUUUGAUAAAGGGGACGUCAACGCCAAAGCUAGCCAGGCCGGACAGACGGUGCUGAUGCUUGCUGUGAGCCACGGCCGGGUAGAGAUGGUUCGGGCACUGCUGGCCCGCGGCGCCGUGGUCAACGCGCAGGACGACGAGGGCUCCACGGCGCUGAUGUGCGCUAGCGAGCACGGUCAUGCCGCCAUCGUGAAGCUGCUACUGGACCAGCCGGACUGUGAUACUGAAUUAACGGAUGGCGAUGACAGUACAGCCUUAUCGAUUGCUUUGGAAGCGGGACACAAUGACAUCGCCGUGCUUCUCUACGCACACGCUAACGUCUCAAACACACGCUGA